AUAGAUGACAAUUUCUUACGUCAUAUUUUCCUCCACUCACAAUUCGCGACACAGAAAGGGGAAAAUUUUUCUCCUUAGACUAUUAAUGAAAAUUACUAAAAGGCAGAUGUUUGUCCUUGAUAGCAAUGUGUUAUUAUCGGACACUAAAUCGGCUCUUUUUAAUUCGGAUAUUGUGAUUUGGAUAUAAAUAUGUAAAAUAUAAACAAGUGAUUUACAUUUCUCGUUUCUUUUUACGAGUUAUAAAUAUUAUGUGAAAUUUGUUUACGGCUUCUUUAUAUAGUUGGAUACGCUUAGGUGAUCGAGGACUUUAUAAUAUUCAUAUUGACACCAUGCAUUCUUGAAGGAUGUAAAUUUUCAUUUUACAAUGUCGUAUGUCGACAGGCUUCCUCCAGCAAAUUCUACUCCAUGCAACCAGACAUCUCCAUUCAGGGAUGAUAUAUGGGCUCUACCUCUUCUUGCUUUGUCUGUACUCAACAUGGCAACUAUUAUUUGUUUUCAGUUUUUCGUUUUGUGUAAAAUAUGUAAUUCGGGAGCCAAAAGUCGAAAUAUGUUUUUGGGCCAGAUGCUGCUUAUGGGUCUCUUUCUAGCCUCUCUAACGGGCGUAACGUUCGUUGUUACUCCAGAUUGGAUAUCGUGUCUUUUAAUACGACUCGGUUCGGGAGUAUCGUAUGCUCUUAUCUUUUCAUCUCUUUUAGUAAAAUCUUUAUUUUUAAUGAGUUUACAUGAUUCUUAUAUAUUACCCAUCAUCUAUCAAGCCCUUCUACUCUUCUUCGCUGUAGCUGUACAGUUAGUCAUUGAAAUUCAAUGGUUAGUUCAGAGUCCACCAGAUAUAAUAAACGAUGAAGAUGGUAAAAAACAAUGCAAGACUAAACCAUGGCAAAUGCUACUAUCACUUUUAUAUAUUAUGUUUUUGAUAUUGAGUGUUACUAUUCUAUCAGUAAAAAUUCGAGGAUAUAAAGAAAACUAUAAAGAAGCGAAAUAUAUCGGAGGAGCUAUCGGUGUUGGCAUCAUUUUAUGGAUAACUUGGAUUUUGGUUUCAAUUUUGACGAAUUCUCGUUAUUUUUAUGUAACCAUGGGUUACGGAGUAGUGUGUAAUGCUACAAUUAUGUUUUUCGUAAUGUUUCUACCUAAAGGGCGUCAACUAGCAUCCAUGGAUCAUAUAGAAAGAUCAUCCUUAAAUCAGUCAUCUUACAUGCCGUCCCUAAUUCCAUUUUAUCCUCCUCCUUCUUCGUCUCUUUCUUUAAUGCCUCCAAGAAAAAUAAAAUCUGUUCUUAAAUCACCCGCAGUAAGAAAUCCGCCAACUUAUACAUCGUGGAAGAACGAAUUAUAUAGGCCAGAUGCGGAUAGAAGAUAUCCUUUAUAUCAUCGUACAUUCACCGAGAGGUAUUCUAAUUCCAAUCCUAAUGUGAGGUUUUGUCGAACACCAGUAUAUAUAGAAGACGAAUGGAUAUAAUUUAACUUCUAUAUUUAUAAAUUAAUGCAUCAAACAAUUUGUGUUUUAUUGUAAUCAGUUUCUUUUUAGAUAAUUAAAAAUUUUAAGUUAUUUAUUUUGUGUAUAGAUUGAAUUUAUGUA